CCCAAUUUGCCACACAUGCACCUAAUUUCACUAUCACACGUUUGACACAUACUUCCCCACUUGCGUGUACUUUCCCUAUAUCUAGGAAAAAUCGUUACAAACUUGAAUCAAAUCAAGUCAUAACAAAUUCACAACAUAGUUACCAACACAACACAAACACAAAACCUUGGUAGUUCAGAAAAACACACAAAAACCAAACAUGGCUGAUGGUGAUAGCAUACGAAGUGAACCUCUUCUUGAGGAUGAAGUUUCAAAUGGUUCUUGGAGACUUAAUGUUAAAGAAUUUCAUCUACCAUCACAGAAUGUUGUUGAUCUUGAAAACAAAAAAUCUAAGUUCAGUUUCAAUGGUCUUCUUCGUAAACCUAGGAAACAACGCAAGGUAGCCGAGUAUUACAAGAAACAGGAGAGACUCCUCGAAGGAUUUACCGAAAUGGAAACUAUGCAUGAAACUGGUUUUUUCCCAGGAGGUCUCUCUGAGGAUGAAAUGAAGCAACUUGCAAAGAGCGAGAGGACGGCAGUACUUGUGUCAAAUGCAUGCAACUUGGUGCUGUUUGCAGCAAAGGUUUUCGCGUCCAUCGAGAGCAGAUCAUUAGCGGUCAUUGCAUCAACACUAGAUUCUCUUUUGGAUCUGUUGUCUGGUUUCAUAUUGUGGUUUACUUCCAAUGCCAUGAGCAAGCCAAACCGAUAUCACUAUCCGAUUGGAAAGAAACGUAUGCAACCAGUGGGUAUCAUUGUUUUUGCAUCCGUGAUGGCAACCUUGGGCUUGCAGAUUUUGAUCGAGUCCGGUCGGCAAAUUUUUGCAAAGGCUAAGCCAGAAGUCGAUCCAGUAAAGGUGAAUUGGAUGAUCGGGAUUAUGGUAUUUGUUACUGUCGUGAAGUUCAUUCUUAUGAUCUAUUGUCGAAGAUUUAAAAAUGAAAUUGUCAGAGCAUAUGCACAAGAUCAUUUUUUCGAUGUCAUUACUAAUUCUGUUGGAUUAGCCGCUGCUGUUCUAGCUGUCAAGUUCUUCUGGUGGAUGGAUCCAACAGGAGCUAUUCUUAUUGCACUAUAUACAAUCAACACAUGGACAAAGACGGUGAUGGAGAAUGUUUGGUCACUCAUCGGAAGAACAGCACCACCUGAAUUCUUGGCAAAGUUAACAUACCUUAUAUGGAACCACCAUGAACAAAUCAAGCACAUAGAUACAGUUAGAGCAUACACAUUUGGUGCAGAUUACUUUGUGGAAGUUGACAUUGUUUUACCAGAAGACAUGUUUCUCAACCAAGCACACAACAUUGGUGAAACACUUCAAGAGAAGCUAGAACAACUUCCAGAAGUUGAAAGAGCUUUUGUUCACAUUGAUUUUGAGUUCACUCAUAGACCUGAGCAUAAGACAUCAGUAUGAUGCUGGAAUGGAAGAGAGUUCCUUUCAUCUUUUGUUUGUUUGAGACAAAUAACAUAGUUUUGGUUUAUGGAUAUGUUUAUAGUUGCUGAUACUUUGGAUUAAUUUUGUUUUCUGAUAUAAUUCAUCGUUUAGUUGGCUUCAAAUUAAUUGCUGUUGUCUUUGAUCUUUGUGAUGUCAUAUAAAUAAGCUUUGAUUGAGACAAAAAUAAUGUUGAAGAUAUCAUCCAAAACUGAUUUUUAUCUGUA